UAUUCACAAAUUUAUUGCAAUUUUUCAGGUAAAGAUGGCAACAAGAUUACCACAGUUAUCGCCACCCCUGGCCAGGGCUCAGAUAGACCGCAGGAGGUAUCAUAUAUGGACACAAAAGUCAUUGGAAAUGGCAGUUUCGGUGUUGUGUUCCAAGCCAAGCUCUGUGAGACAGGGGAGCUCGUUGCCAUUAAGAAGGUGCUUCAGGACAAACGCUUUAAGAACCGAGAGCUGCAGAUUAUGAGAAGACUAGAACACUGUAAUAUAGUGAAACUGAAGUAUUUCUUCUACUCCAGUGGAGACAAGAAGGAAGAAGUGUUCUUGAACCUAGUGUUAGAAUUUAUUCCAGAGACAGUUUAUAAAGUAGCAAGGCAUCACAGCAAACAAAAACAAACUAUACCAAUCAGCUAUAUUAAGUUGUAUAUGUACCAGUUGUUCCGAAGCCUUGCCUAUAUUCACUCCCUGGGUGUCUGUCAUCGUGAUAUAAAGCCACAGAACCUUCUCCUGGACCCAGAAACGGGUGUUCUCAAACUAUGUGACUUUGGGAGUGCCAAACAUUUGGUUCGUGGAGAACCCAAUGUAUCGUACAUCUGCUCCCGCUAUUAUAGGGCUCCAGAACUCAUAUUUGGGGCAACUGAUUAUACCACCAAUAUUGACGUAUGGAGUGCAGGAUGCGUUUUAGCGGAACUUCUCCUCGGGCAGCCCAUCUUCCCAGGCGACUCGGGUGUGGACCAGUUAGUAGAAAUCAUCAAAGUUCUGGGCACACCGACACGUGAACAAAUCAGGGAAAUGAACCCGAAUUACACAGAGUUCAAAUUUCCACAGAUUAAGUCUCAUCCGUGGCAGAAGGUGUUCCGUCAACGCACCCCAGAAGACGCCAUAAACCUUGUGUCACGACUGCUGGAAUACACACCAUCUGCGCGCAUCACGCCCCUACAGGCCUGCGCGCACAAAUUCUUUGACGAACUCAGGGAUCCAAACACCAGACUACCCAACAACCGGGAGUUGCCGCCCCUCUUCAAUUUUACCGAACAUGAAAUCAAGAUCCAGCCAGAGCUGAACAACAAAUUGAUUCCUUCUCACUAUCGAGGUGAGCCGGCAAACAGCAGCAGUGGUGGUGGCUCAUCUGCCGUUGACUCUUCUGAGGGUGCUGCAGCUGCUGCUGUAAAUGAUAAUUGAGAUGGAUGGUGGCCAGCCCAGUCAGCCUCUCCUGCAGCCUCCACACCAGCCUUCCUGCCCCCUUGUGCCUGCAUCCAACAAUAUCUGGACCCAGCUGUGUACAGAGCUCCAGUUUUGGGAUAAAGCUUGGCCAAGGGGGCUGUGGAGGCCAGUCUUCUUGGGCAGAUAGCUGUACUUCAUGUAUGGCUGUAAUCAUGUGGCCCUCAUAAUGUGUAAAGUGUACAUACAUUGAACAUUACUAGUGAAUGACUCUCCCAGGCUUGAGGCACCCAGCAGCCACACCAUUUGCUUGUUAUUGCAUACACUGUUGUGCCAGUGUGGCCCAGCCCAGGUGUCCUUGAUCUGUUGGUAGGAGCUUGGUGCUGAUGGUAACCUUCUGAUUGCCCAGCCCACUGCAUGGUGGUCAUCGUGACCUCAGGGUCAUGGAGCACCCAGCUCCUCGCACACCAGUGGAGCCAGCCUCUGAUGCAUUGUAUUUGUCUUGGACUAUCAUAGUUAGGUCCAUGAUGUCUGCACCAAGUUUUGUAGGCCACUGUUGCAUGGGAGUUUGUAUGCUGUGAUGAGGUGUAUAGUAUGACCAACAGCAAUGUGCUCCCUCUUGAUAUUGUGCUGCCUCCCACCUCCCCUGCUGUCCCCUUGCCUUUUCACCUGCAGCAGCUAGUUCACCCCAAGCCAGUGCUAGUGAUGAGUUGUGAGUUGUUGGUGUGUCACACUGAGUUAGUGCCAAUGUUACUUGUAGUGUCACCUCCGUUGGCCCACCCUGGGCUCACUUUGUUCCUGCUCUUCUGCCAGGGACACCAGCUUCCCUUACAGCCUCAGUGUCUCUGGAAUUGCAAAAAAAAAAAAAUAAAAAUAAAAAAAAAAUAUAUAUAAAAAAAAAA